AGCUCAGGCAGUCACAGAGGAAUAAGAAGCUGCAGUGUUCAAACCAUGAUGAAACACAUCUUCUUGUUCUCUCCGCUGAUGGGAAGCUUUAUGAACAGUGGGCUACAGCUUCAGCUGGCCGCUCUAAGACAAGGCUGAUGAAAGAACUAGGAAAUCAAGAUAUUGUUCAAAUAGCAUGUGGGGACCACCACGCCAUGGCUCUGUCCAGAGGAGGUGAGCUCUUCGCCUGGGGCCAGAAUGCCCAUGGACAGCUGGGAGUGGGAAGCCAAACCACGCUCAUUGCCCAGCCGCAGUUGGUGGAAAGGCUGAAGGGCAUCCCGCUCGCUCAGAUCGCUGCUGGAGGAGCUCACAGCAUCGCCGUGUCACUCUCUGGAGCUGUGUACUCCUGGGGAAAGAAUGAUUUCGGACAGCUGGGACUAGGAGACACGGAAGACAGGGACUGCCCAUCAUAUGUGGGAGCAUUAGAGCACUGGAAGACUGUAUUUAUCUCCUGUGGGGCAGAUCACACCGCAGCUCUCUCCAAGGAGGGGUUGGUGUGCACCUUUGGAGCAGGAGGGGCUGGCCAGCUUGGUCACAACUCCACCCGCAAUGAACUCCUACCUCGUGUGGUAGCCGAGCUGUGGGGAGCAAGAGUCUCACAGGUUGCCUGCGGCAGACAGCACACCCUGGUCUACGUCCCCUCCUUGGACAAAGUCUACUCGUUUGGUUCUGGUGAAGAAGGAAAGCUGGGAGAUGAGAGAAAGCCUGAUCAGCUGAUACCACUUCCCAUCGAUCCACCAGUGAAUACUGGAAAAUCCUGUCAGAAAAACAAAAUGUCACAAAAGGUGAUUGAAAUUACUGCAGGAGGAAACCGAAGUAUUGUCCUUUGCGAGAAGAGCAAGGAUUCCUAUCUGAAUGGUAUUGCCACUCUGAGGGAUGAAGAUGUGGAUGCGUUGAUUUCUAAUUCCAAUUCGCAACACUGGGAGAGUGUAAAAAAGAAUAUCAGGCUGAUCUUCUCAUCCGAGGCUUGCAUCAACGGGAGCUUCCUGGAGAAAAGAGACAAACAUUUCAAAACUUCCAAAGCAGUCUCGGGUGUAGACAUGUCAGCAGUGCAACGUUUUUAUAAGAAAGUCAGCAAGAAGCCACCAAUCUUCCAGGAGGUGCAAAAGGAGAUUGAGAAGUUACUGCCAUCGUUGUCUUCCUCUCCCAUCUCACCUGAAAAUUUCAGAGUCUACUUGAUCUUGCCUUUCCUUCUGCAGGGAGAGGAUGACAGCUCCUUCCGUUCUCUCAUGCUGCUAGCACAAGCCAUCGCGAAACUCCAGCCAAAGGACCUGCAAACUCUUGAAUGCCUGUGGUCAAACCUAGAAACAUCCUUUUUCAAGGAGCUGGUUGUUCUGUAUCAGAGGGUUUCCCAGACAAACCUGUUUCUAUUUAUGAUAGAAGUCAUAAGUCUGCAAAGACAGCCCUUCUACCUGCACCCACAUGAAUCAGGGACUCUGCACGUACUGCAGAAUCUUUACCAGGUGAACUCCAGAACUGGCUUCAGAGUGCAGGAAAACAACUUCUAUGUGCCUCAAGUGAAAGAGAUUAUCAGAUUUUGUUGGUUCCUUAGUGUAAAUGAAGUAACUGUGCUGACCAAGUAUCCGUGCAUCUUUGACAUGCAAGACAAGAUUGAAAUUAAUUCUGUAGAACGCAGCUUUCUGUCCCAGUGCUUCAGAGAUAUACCGUUAAUAUGUUCGGGCCAGGAACAGUGGGUUUUUCCAGUCAGAAGACAGUGCCUUCUGGAAGACAUAUGGACACAUUUAAAUAACGCUCCAACCCAGCAAUUUAAGAAGAUCUUAAAGGUGGCCAUCAAGCUUUGUUGGCAUAAGUUAAAUGCAAGUGGCAGUGCUAUUUACCAUGAAGGUGCUUUGGGAUACAAACCACCUAGUAAGGAAACAUAA